CUGAACUGACAGGAGCCAGAAGAGCUGAAAGACAGAGACAGCAGGAGGAGGAGGAGGAAGAGGAGGAGGAGGAGGACGGACUAACAGAUUUAAACUCUGCCUUAAGAUGCGGCGGAAACUUUGGGGAAGGAGCAAAUUCUGAACAGCUUCUCCCUGACCAGGAAGGUGCUGUGUCUAAAAGCUGUGUUAGGUUUGGUCAAAAAACCUAACUUUUUCCCUUCCACCUUCACUGCUCCAGCCUGCAGGAACUUCGUGAUUUUUCGUGUCUGUUUCUGGACCUUUGAGACAAUUUCAAGGUUUUUUUCCUCCUUUUGCUGCAUUUUACGCUGACCAGGUUGGUCCCGGAGAGAUAAAAAUUACUUGGAGUUGACUGAAAGUUUGGAUCUCUCUGCAAAUCGACACGGAAAGUAAGUUUGCUAAUUGUCUCCCUCCUUCCUUUUUGGUUUUUCUUUUAUAAUCCUGGGAUGCUCUCGCAAACAUAACUUUUCGGAGAUUUUAUAAGGCACGGAUUUAAACCUGGAUUUGGGCUGUCGCUCCUGUGGACUUGGUUGGAUAACCCUGUUUUAAUCUUUGGCUGCUGCAAGAGGUCUGUGGUUUUUGUUUUUUUUCCACGGGAUCGAACUCCUGUUCCAGAGGGCAAGCCAGGAUGCUGAGGCUUCUGCUGAGCGCGUUCCUCCCCUGCCUGAGUUUAUCUGCCCCGUCUCACAUUAACAAACUCGCCCUGUUUCCGGACAAGAACGCCUGGUGCGAGGCCAAGAACAUCACCCAGAUUAUCGGACACACCGGAUGCAAUUCUAAAUCCAUCCAAAACAGAGCCUGCAUGGGCCAGUGCUUCAGCUACAGCGUCCCCAACACUUUGCCGCGGUCGACGGAGUCCCUGGUGCAUUGCGACUCCUGCAUGCCCUCGAACAUCCAGUGGGAUAUCGUCUCGCUGGACUGUCCCCACAACGAAUACAGCUCCCGUGUGGACAAACUGGUGGAAAAAAUCUUGCACUGCAGCUGCCAAGCGUGCGAGUUAGGCCAGCCGGAGUACCUGAACCUCGAAGAACGCCCCCAUCCCGACGGCCCCUUCAUCCACCUCCCCGCAGGCGAGGCUGCCAAGCUCCACGCCCGCCCGGAGUAUGACUGAACUCCCGCCCGAAGCCCCCCCAAACUCCUCCGUUGCUCUCCCCGCUUCUCUCUUCUCUUUCUCUUUCCUCUCCCUCCCUGUUCCGGUGGGCGAAAGUGGGGAAACUGAGGCACAGAAUCCAGGGGGUGGGGGCUUGCUGUGGGUGGGGACGCCUGUCUGGAUUUGGGAAUCGGAAGGACGAAGAAGAAAAGAGAGCCCAAAGCCCCUUUUCCUGCCAAGAUGGCGUCACCGUCGCCAGCUGGUGAAGGGAACCGUUUUUGUAAUUCCCCGGUGGAAGAUUCUGCCAGUUCCAGAUUUGGGGGUGGUGAAGUGGAAGGUGGCCAACAGGAAGGGAGGGCAUCUCCCCGGCCCUUGGCUUUUGAGAUCAUUGCCCACAACUGGGCAGGAGGCGGGCUUUCUUGCCAUGUCCCUCGGCGUGCCACUUAGGAACAUGGGAAGGGACCGUGUGUGUGUAAAUAUACAUAUAUAUAUAUAUAUGUGCCAGACUGAGGAGAAACCUUGUUCAGCAGUAUUAUGAACUUUGACCAGAACAGAGUUUAAACUUUCUUCUCUGUGGACUCUGUGGGCAAAGAGGGUGAAGAGAAACUGCCGUAACCCCUGUUGAAAUCCUACCUGAACAAUCUUGGCUCUGAAGCUUCCUUCAUGGCUUCCGGUAACAUGGAAGAUCUUGAAUGUAUUUUGGAAAGGCAACCUCCAAACCAGAUUUGUGGUCCUCGGGGGUACCGGACCUCGGUUUCCAUCACAGCAUCCAGGAAGGGCUGUUGGCCAGAGGCUCUGGGAUGGGAGUUGUAGUCCGGAGCUUCUGGAGGAUGCUAUCCAACUCGAUUGACUUGCGCGUUUGGCCCCGAGCUCGUGGCGCCCAAAUAAUUUCUCCCCUUUUUUCCUCAAUCAAGAGGAGGUUGAAUGCCAACUCCCGUCGCCGGGACACGAUCCGUACAACGCACACGGAAGCUGCUCGAGAAAGAGUGUGUUCAAACGGCUCUCUUCUCCCUCUGGAGAGCGGUCUCUUGAGAAUGGCCCCCUCUCUGCCCUAAAUCUAGUCAUGUUUGUGGGAAAGAGGCGGAGAAAAACGGGGAUUUAUUUCCUCUGCAGCUGGGCCUUUGGUCUUCCUUGCUCGGAUGCCAUUUGGAGACAGACUCUCCACAUUCUCACACCUUAUCACAAGUUUUAGGGGGACGGGGCUGUGGGGUACGGGGGUUUCUUUGGAGGAACUGUUGGGGUUGGUCGUUGCUUGCAUCCGCUAAAGCCCAGCCAUGUUUUACAAGCCAACAGUCCCUG